CGGCACUCCCAGCAGUGCGCGGUGGCUGUCUCCAGGUGUUGUCGCAUUCGUGUUUUGCUCUGCCCUCGAGACGCCACAUGCGACUGCACUUCGGGGACUCCUUUAAACCUUGCGUGUUUGUUUACACCUGGUUGUCAAACCAACGUUGCUAGUCCGAUCUGACUGAAGUGUCAACAGACGGCCAACAAGCGAUCAAAAGGUGCCGCCGCAGUGAUGGGCGCCGCCUCACUGUUGCGCUCGCGCCACGGCCUGCUGCUGUGCCUGCUGCAGUUGGUGUUUAUCGUGCUGUACGGCACGCUCGUCAUCUACCACCCCGAUGCGGACGAGGCGGCCGGCACGUACUCGGGCACGGAGACGGCGCACGACGCGGCACCGCACGCGCGGACCUAUCCCAUGUUCCAGGACGUGCACAUCAUGAUCUUCAUCGGCUUUGGCUUCCUGAUGACGUUUCUGAAGCGAUACGGUCUCAGCUCUGUGAGUCUCAACUUUCUGAUAGCCGCGCUGGUGCUGGAGUGGGCUAUCCUGGUGAACGGCUUCUUCCACCUGCACCACGGUCUCAUCGAAGUCGACAUCAUCAGCCUGCUGAGUGCGGACUUCACGGCUGCGGCCGUACUCAUAUCGUUUGGAGUCGUUCUGGGGAAGACCUCUCCCUCGCAGCUCAUAGUAAUGGCGCUUUUUGAGGUUCCCGUUUUCGUCAUCAACGAGGUUAUCGGCCGCAAAUAUCUGAUUGUAUCUGAUAUGGGUGACUCUAUGUUCGUUCAUGCGUUUGGGGCGUACUUCGGGCUGGCAGUCAGCUUUGUGCUGUACCGAAAGGAUAGCAACAGCUCCAACGCCGGCUCCAACUCCGUGUCCGACCUUUUCUCCAUGAUCGGAACGCUGUUCCUAUGGUGCUUCUGGCCCAGUUUCAACUCGGCGCUGGCCGUCAGCGAUGACCAGCACCGCGGCAUCAUCAACACAUACCUCUCGCUGGCCGCCAGCUGCGUCGUCUCCUUCGCUGUCUCUGCGCUCAUGAGCAAGGAGGGGAAAACCACCAUGGAGCACGUGCAGAACGCCACGCUGGCGGGGGGCGUGGCGAUCGGCACGGCCGCUGACAUGGUGGUCCGUCCAUACGGCGCCCUCCUGGUGGGCUCCAUCGCUGGGGCGAUCUCCGUUCUCGGAUACGAGGUGUUCACGCCGGCGCUGGCCAAGCACUGCCGGCUGCACGACACUUGCGGCGUGCACAACCUCCACGGCCUUCCGGGCGUGCUGGCCGGCAUGGUGGGCGCCAUCAUGGCCGCCAUCGCCUCCGUCGACCAGUACAACGCCAGCCUGUACACCAUCUUCCCUGCACGGGCACCGGCGGCUAACACCACCGAUUGGAGCCUGGCGACAGAGCGUUUGGGCGUGCCGGCACCGCUGGGGCCGGCCCGAUCGGCCGCCGCCCAGGGUGGACUCCAGAUGGUGGCGCUCGUCAUCACGCUGGUGAUGGCCGUCGUCGGUGGCCUCCUCACCGGUCUGGUCAUGAAGCUGAAGCUCUGGGAUCAGCUGGAGGCGGAUGACCUUUACAGUGACAAACGUUUCUUCGUCGUCCACGACGAGCACGCCCAUGAAGCGACGAACGGACACGGGGGAGACCAGGAGCGCGACACGCGCAUGUGAAUAUUCCACCCACCGGCCACCAACAUCUAAGACAUCCACUGUCGCCUGCCACCACCACCAUCGUCCUCAGGUAUCCACCACCGUCUAGCACUAGCCACCGUCGUCGUCCAUUUAUAUUCUUCACUUCACACCAUCGUCCACUAACGUCUACCAUCCGAUCCACCGGUGCAGCGUCCUCAGUAAUCCAUCACGGUCCACCGCCAUCCGCCGUCGGUCACCGUCGUCCACCACCAUCCAUCGCCAACCACCGACGUCCGCCUUCAGUUGCCACCGUCCACCGUCGCUUCGCAGCGCCGGCGGCCGACCAAGCUGUCAGGCAUGUGAGUCAUCCGGUAGUGAAGCUCUAAGACAUCGUACGAUGACAACAUAUAACGGAUAAGUUCGGUACCAGCGCGCUUGUUAUUUCGUCGAUGCAUAAUAAUGCCAGACAACCUGCGUAAUGCGAAAUGAUCGCUGUACCCCACCGGGGAUGUGCUGUAUGGAUGUAGUUUGAGGAUUUGGGAGAUUCAAAAUGACCACUGAAGUCGAGGUGCCGGAAAAAUUCAGUUUGGGGAUUUUUGGGGGGAAAAUUCAGUUUGGGGAUUCCGGUUUUCGUAUUAUUUGCUGUACAUAUUUAGCGUGCGUGCUCUGUCAGCCGCAGCAGUGUAUUAGGUUGUGCUUUCACUUCUUAGGGGUGACGGGUUAAGAGUCAGAUUUAAUUAUAAUGCCUAACCACUUGCAAUCUGGGAAGUCGUACCUGGUGUUUAAAUGACCUUAGCUGCUGUCCGGACUCAUGGUAGUCACCACACUGCUGCAUCAUGUAUCAUGUGUCUACGUCGUAUUCCACAGUGAAGGAAUGGCUCGCAUGGGUCCAGCUCAACCAGCAGUGAUGAAAAUGCGGUCAGUGUAUCGACGCCUACAGGAUAAUCUGCUGAAGUAGAGAAUGUGUUCUUUUGUCCGAUUUUGCGCCAUGAUUUGUUCAUGAAGCAAAUACACCCUGGUGACAGAAGAAAA